AUGGCCACGCCCAGGACGUCGACGCUGACAGCGGACGUGGUUAUGAACCGGGCUGGGGUCUAUGAUCUAUUGGCGCUGAAAGAGUUGAUUCUGCGAGAUGAAGAAUUGACAGAGGUAGAUGAGACUUGCGCUCAAAGUCUGGCGUCACUGGAGAUUCUGUCGCUGUCGCACAACCGCUUGACAUCGCUGGACAAUUUCCAGUAUUUGGUCAAUCUGAUCGAGCUCAACGUGAAUUUUAACCAGAUCGAAAGACUCGACAGUCUACAGUGUAGUGGGCUGGAGAAAUUGUUUAUCGCUAACAGCCAGGUCGUUGACAUUUCUCCUCUACGCAAACUUCUCAAGCUCAACACGCUCUCGGUCUAUGGAAAUCGCAUCACUGAUCUUGACUCAGCAUUGCACACCUGUCGGAGUCUACCGAGGCUGCAAUCACUGGAUCUGGGUGGGAACCCCUGUUCGCACGAUGUUGUAGGGUAUAAAUUCCGGGUUGUGAGAGCGCUUUCGCGUCUCAAGAAGCUGGAUGGGGACCACAUUACUCAGCUCGACAAGGACUUGACCGAAGAGUUCUUUGCUACAAUGCACAAGAGCGCACGACCGAGCAUUAAUGGAUUUAUUGGAGCUCGGCCAUUUACUGCACCUGCUGCCGGAGUACGAGGAAGUAGCCUCAUGCCUCGUGGCAAUGUUCGCUUGUUUCGCGAUGAUUUCCUAAACAAUAAUCCGAUUCUACUAGAAUAUUUGUCCCAGGACGCUGGGAGCGCUCCAGUGAAUGAAGGGAAUACCACGCUUUCCAGUGAUGGAGAAAACUCUCUUCCAGCCACAUCGGGAUUCGUCGAUAAGAUGCGCGGUGCGAACCCAUUGCCAAAGAAUGACACAGAGACUAGUGACGCAGACUCGACAAGCACGGACGGUCAAAAGAAAAUCAGCUUGUCUCCGAAUGUGUCAACGUCGCAUUUGGGCGUCGAUCCCUCGGACCCCAACACUACAAUCCGGAAGUUACUGAAACACAUCGAAGUGCUGAUGGAAACACUGGACAAGUACAAAAACCAUCAACUAAACGCAGUGAGUGAGUCGUUGUUGGAGGAGAACAAGCAGCUACAAACCGAAAACAACAACAUCCCGAUCCUUCAAGAAGAGAUUCAAGACUUGAAGAAGCGGUUAGCCAGAGCUGAAGGAGAUCCGGGCGGAGCUAAAGUGCAGGAAACCAAACGCGUCAAGUCGUUAGAGGUACGACAUGCACAACAAAACACAAGUUUACAACGAGAAAAUGCGCGACUACGAGAAAUUCUACUUCGUCAAACAAAAGAGACGGAAGAAUCUCUUGACGUUCUGAAAUCUCCUCGAAUACUUCCAGACAACGAAUCAUCAAAAGAUCAAGAUGAUACGAUGCUUAAUCCCCGACGUUUAUCUCACUCAGGACUGCUUGAUGAAUCGGCGUUAGUCGACGUGGAGUUGACGGAGCUGAUCCUACAGAACGAAGUCUCACUGGAGCUCAUUCGAAAUGACAUUAAAAACACGAAAAAGGAGUGGGAAGAACAAUUCCAGCGGGCAAAAGCGGCGGAAUCCGAGCGAGUGCGUCCUCAGACGUCUAUGGGGUUCACUUCCAGUAGCAACAGACCACGAGAGAGCUUGGACAGUUCGGUCACUGUAGCGCAGAAUGGAGGUACGCACACCCAUAUUCUUUAUCGACGACUGCACACCUCAGCAGGGUUUCGUCAUGGACCUGAGGCGCAUCUGCUUGGACAAAUGCCAGUACAUCCUCUCACCAGCAUUCGCGAGGCCAGUCGUGAUGGCAGCUCGACAACCAACAUCCUUACCUUAUAA